CCCCAAGGAGAGGUUGCUGGUAGACCUGUGAGGAUGUGCCAGCUUACUCUACGAGCGCAUCUGGGGAGCCAAGAGGAGUUCUUCCCGGGCUGGGAGACCCUUGCAGAGGAUGGACACAUUGGCCGAGGUGGAGAACGGAGCGCCCAGAGAGGAGUCCUGUGAAGCGGAGCUGGAGGGAUCAGGAGUGACUCGAUUCCCUCAGGCUAAUCCUCUGGAAGUGUGGAUUUGUGGCCACACAGUGGUGACCUCACUGUGGAAGAGGGGUUGGUGCCAUCCAUAUGGAGCACGAUUAGGGAUAGACCCCAUCAGGGCUCGUGUAUCGUGGUUGGGUACGAAGGACAUGCUGUGGGAUGAGUUGUUGUCUCUAAUACAGUCUGUCGUGCAGAGGGGCGUUUUGCCUGAUGUGAUAAUUAUACACUUAGGGGAAAACGACUUGGCUCACCAAUCAAGGCUGGGCUUAAUCAAGAGCAUGAAAAAUGACCUUACAACGUUGUGUUCAAUGUUUCCCAAGACAAAGAUUGUGUGGUCCACUCUACUGCCUAGGACAUGGCCAGUGUUAGACAAACCCCCAGGAGUUGUAGAGAAGUCCAGGAAGAUGAUUAUUAAGGAACUCUCCAAAUUUUGCAGCGUGUUUGGGAUCUCAGUUUUAAGACAUGACCAGAUUAUGUAUUCUUCCCCGGAGCUGUUCAGCCCAGAUGGUGUUCACCUGUCAGAGAUCGGGGAAGGUAUUUUCAAUGCCAGCCUACGAGAAGCAAUUGAAUCUUGUUUGUAGCCAGCUAGAGUGGCCAGGACCAAAGCGUUGGUCCUUGCUGAACAGCGACACUGGCUCUUGUUGGUCCUUCCAGCUGGAUGGACAAUUGGCUUUUGACAAGUCUGCUGCAAUUUUAGGGCUGCAGUAGUCCGCCUCUUGCCAGUAGAAGGCAUUCCCUGGCACCUUAUCCUCACCCAGGGAGGUGUCUGGGAGGUAGGCAAUGUAUUGUUGAUAGACUCUGUGCAGAAGUACCUGACUAACUGAUUAGCCCUGCUAUAGAGAACAAUUUAUACAACAACCCUGAAAUGCAGCAGCAGACAAGGCUGUCCAUAAAACACUGUCACAGCUUUUUGGGACACUUUUUUGGAAUACAGCUGUGCUCAGCAUUUUCACCUCCCCAGCACAAAAUCUGAAACUUCCUAGUCCCUUAAUGAGUCAGCACUCUGCCUGAAUUAACAUUUCUUAUUGAAUUAGUUGCUUUCCUACAUGAUUUUGUAAAAAUCCCCAUCACAGAUCGUUUGAUAAGUAUGAGAUGAUAAAGUGUUUAGUAGCAUUUUAAUUCAGGGCUCCUGUUCUGCCCUCACUUUGCCUCAUAAGCAGCUUCCAACCCUCUUAUGGAAUUUUUUAUUGAUGGUCCCUGCUCUUUAUUAGAAUCUGGGAUAUUCUGUGUAUAUACUGUUGUAAGAUUUUGUCCUUAAUAAAGCUGCAACGUACAACCUUUCAAUAUUGUGGUUUUUUCCCCCUCCCAUGGGAUCAUGUCUUUAGGCUGUGACCCUUCACAGCAAGGAGAAGUGUUGUCCCUUUCAGGGUACUUAGCAGCUUUGACUGUUUUAGUCCCUCUAGGCUGAGGGAUGAUGGAGGGGGUUGGGGCUUCUCCAGUGAAGGGGCGAGAGGGGUCAACCCCUCAAGCCUCUUUGGACUUGGUCAUUUCUGUAUGCCCUCUCUCAAAGGAUGCACUGGCUGUAGUUUAAGGAUAAAAUUGUUUUAAUCUGUAUGAUAUAUUAUGUUUGCUUUCAUAUUUCUAAAAGUUUUUGGUAUCUCUUUUGGCAUCAGUGCCUUUCUGUUGGUGCAGCAUUGUUGUUUGUUGUAUUUUGCGUGCGUGUGUGUGUGGUGCUACCCUUUCAGUACAGAGGGGGCAGUAACUUAUUUUAUCAU